CAGCUGUGCUGGAGCCGACAUGAGUCUCUGUGUCUGAGGAUUAAUAAAACUUUUUCAGGAUCAUCAUCAGGGUCAGUUUCUCCUCUCUUCAGCUCACACAGUGUGUCACCAUGUCAGCCACCAGCUGUCUGCUAACUGAGGAGCAAUUUCUCUGCUGCAUCUGUCUGGAUGUUUUCACUCUCCCGGUCACUAUCCCAUGUGGACACAACUUCUGCAAGAGCUGCAUCACACAGCACUGGAAUGUCAACAGCAUCCACUGCCAGUGUCCCAUGUGUAAAAAACAUUUUAAAACGCGACCCGAACUGACCGUCAACACCUUCAUAUCUGAGAUGGCCACUGAGUUCAGACAGUCGGCGGGAAACAAAGGCAGCCGGGGCUCAGAGAUACAAGUGGCCAAACCGGGAGAUGUGCCCUGUGACAUCUGCAGCGGAACGAAACUCAAGGCUCUGAAGUCGUGCUUGACGUGUUUCGCCUCGUACUGUGGUGUCCACGUGGAUCCUCAUCUGACGGCUGGACCGCUGAAGAGACACUCGCUGGUGGAUCCUAUAGUGAACAUAGAGGACAGGGUGUGUUCAAAGCACAAAAAACCACUGGAGCUGUUCUGCAAGACGGACCAGACGUGCGUGUGCUCCCUCUGCACUGUUUCAGAGCACGUGGCGCACAACAUUGUGUCUCUGAAAGACGAAUAUGAAGCAAAGAGUGCUGAGCUGGAGCGGGCGGAGGCUGAGAUCCAGCACAUGAUCCAAGAGAGACGGCUGAAGAUCCGGCAGAUUGAGCGCUUAAAAACGUACAGCAAGGAAGACGCAGAGCGAGAGAUAGUGGACGGCGUUCAGAUCUUCACCGCUCUGAUGCAGACUGCCGAGAGACGUCUGAACCAGCUCAUCGAAGGGAUCGAGGAGAGGCAGAAGUCAACAGAGGAACAGGCCGACCGCCUCAUCACUGAACUGGAACAAGAAAUCUCUGCGCUGACGACGAGAACCGCUGAGGUCCAGCAGCUCUCACGCACUCAAGACCAUCUCCUCCUCCUGCAGAGCUUCACAUCCAUGAACGCUGCUCCCUGCACCAAGAACUGGACCGAGGUCAGAGUCCGCCCGCCGUCGUACGAGGGGACAGUGGUGAAAGCUGUGGAUGAGCUGGAGGAGAUGCUCAGCAGGGGAAAGCAGAAGCUGCUUCACAAUGCCAGGCUGAAUAGGGUUCGGCAUUACGCAACGGAUGUGACUCUUGAACCUCAUACGGCGAAUCCCUGGCUCAUCCUGUCUGACGAUGGGAAACAAGUGAGGUGUGGCGAGGUGAGGAGGGACCUGCCCGACAACCAGGAGAGGUUUUCUCUUUAUGCAAAUGUCUUGGCACGGCAGAGUUUCUCCUCUGGAAGAUUCUACUACGAGGUUCAGGUUGCAGGGAAGACGGACUGGACUCUGGGAGUGACCAAAAGGUCGGUCAACAGAAAGGGAAUAAUCCCACUGAGUCCUGUGAAUGGCUACUGGGCUCUGGGUUUGAGGAAUAGAAACGAGUACCUUACUCUAGCCAGCCCCGUUGUCAGCCUCAGUCUGACGGCAGGACCUCAGAGGGUGGGGGUGUUUGUGAGUUACGAAGAGGGUCUGGUCUCCUUUUAUGACGUGGAUGCUGCAGUUCAUCUCUACUCCUUCACUGGCUGCUGCUUCACGGGGGAACUCAGCCCUUUCUUCAGCCCCGGUCUUCAUCACGGCGGCCUGAACGCUGCCCCUCUGAUCAUUUCCCCGGUCAGCCUCGCCGAUCAGAUCUGAUUCUGUUAUUUGAGACUCUCACAGACUCUCACACCAUUGGUACAUCACAGGAGGAAACAUGGGUUCAGUCAACAACUCCUCCAACCUUAACAACCGUAUGGGUCAUUUUGAUUGGACCUUGGUUGUCACGGUUACUGUACAGAGAGCAGCGCACUGACCAUCGCCAUGGUUACAAUAAUAACGGUCACGGCUCGGUUAGGUUUAGGAAAACAUGGUGAUUCAGGUUA